ACAAUGGCAGGUGUAAAUAAUAUUCUUGAAUCUGUGAAAGAAGAUGAUUUCGUUGAGUACUACCUGUUUCCAUCGAUUAAAACGAACGACAUUAAGGAACAGGAUUCGAUUUUAUCCAGUUUAUUGAGUAAGGCAAACAAAAUAAUUGAUAAAUACGCAAAAAACUACUUGUGGCACAAGGAUGAGUUCAAACUUGUCCCCAGAACAUCUAUUAGUAAUACACUGACUCAUAUCGAAGGAAAAAACGAAACCCUUCCACCCCACCUCUAUGGAGUAUCACAUUUUGGGGACAAUAUUGAGGAUGAGUGGUUCAUGGUAUUUAUUUUACAACAGCUUACAAAGGAAAUUACUGGUUUGGUAGCCAGAGUUUAUGAUGUGGAUGGAGAAUUUCUUCUUAUUGAGGCAGCUGAUUAUUUACCAGACUGGGCAAACCCUGAAACCUGUGAGAAUAGGGUUUUUCUUUAUGAUGGUGACAUCCACAUAAUACCAAUGGAUUCUGAAGAAAAGUUAAUUUCCAUAACUGAUGCCCUGACAAAAUUAAUCAAAUGUCCAACUGAUACAAUAGCAUCUAAGGAAGUGCAGCAUGCCAUUGAUAAUAAACUUAAGGGCUACCCUGACAAAGUCCAAGACAAUCUUCACAGAGCAACAAUUUAUGUGCCAAUAGGGGUGGCAGCAAUUUUAAAACACAAGCCAUCCUUGAUUGCACCAGCAGUUCAAGCAUUUUGCAACAGAGACCCUGUGGAUUUGCGAGCUUGUAGGGCUAUGAAAUAUUUUCCUCCUGAAAACAGAGUGUACACAAGUGUGACCUUUACCAAAUGCCUCUAUGCCAUGCUAUCGCACAGUAAAUAUGUUCCGGAUCGGAGGACUGGUUGGAAUUUACCGCAAAUGUCCAGUCCGCAGUUCAAGUCGCACAAUUUAGGAGUGAGGGUGGCAUCUGGGUUUGAAAUAUUGAUCUCCCAAGCAAAGCCCAGUGCUGAUAUUGAAGGAGACAAAGGCUGGGCUAAUUAUUUGGAUAGUUUAAAGAACAAGGGAUACUUCCAAGGUUUGUUGGAACACUCAAGAGAUUAUAAUCUUUUACUAAAUAAAGCCAAGGAAUAUUACAUCAAUCACAGAGAUUCAAUGCAGUACAUGCCGGCAAUUGGUCAACAAAUACUGGAACUAACCAAAACUCUAGAUUACAAUACAGAUGAAUUAAAGAAAGUCGAAAGCGAUUUACCCAAUGAAGAUGACGAUUCUUGGCUUAAUAUAUCACCUGAGGAACUUGACCAGAUGUUACAAGAAAAAUACGGUCAGAAAAAAUUCGUUCGUGUCAACAACCACUCAGAUGCUGGAUCUUUUUCUGAGAAGGUUAACUCUUUCUUGAAUCAUUUGUCAGAUGUAGAGGGGGCCGAGUUUCCGCAUGAAUCUCCCAUUAGGCCGCCGCGUGGAGUUAAAAAAGGAAAGGUGUCAUUCUCUCAAGAUACUAAACCAGAUAAGAAACCCAACAACAAAAUCAAUUUCGAUCCCAACGCGUUCUCUUGCGCAGUUCAGAAUAUUCUGAAUUUUGCGAUACCAGAGGAUGAUUCUUGGAAUUUGGAGAGUGAUUCUGACAUGAGCGAAUAUGAAGAUGAUAAUUAUGUUAACACUGUUGAAAAUUAUGAAGAUGCAAAAUCAAAAAUGAAGCAGUACAUGGAUGAGAUGGAUAAAGAACUUGCCAAGACAACAAUUGGGGAGAGCUUUGAAAAGAAAAAUGGGGAUGGUUUUGAUGACAUUGAGAACUUUAGACCUGUGGAUAUUGACGUUAAUGCGUUGAAGAAUAUGUUGGAGAGUUACAAAUCUCAACUGGGUGAGGCUGGCCCUUCUACAAACAUGUUGGGUCCAAUGGGAAUACAUUUGGAAAAUGGAGAUAUUGAUUAAAAUGAUUUUUAAAAGGCGGCUUUAAAAUGCAAUAUUUUAGAUAAUACUAUCCUCCUAACAAUCCGACUUUCAUAGAUUUUAUGGCCAUAGAUACAUAGUUUUUUACAGACUGAUUAUAUUAUUUCAAAAAUAUAGGCUUUUGUCCAAUUAAUAGUUACUGCCAAAGUAAUUUAUAGAGACGGAAAGAAUAAUAUGCCUUUUGUAUUAAUCCCUCUUGGAGAAUAUUAAAAUUGAAUAUACCAGAACAUCACUUAUUGUGUGACUUAACUACAAUUACUUAUAAAUUCUUCCAAGAUAAUUUUUUAAGUACUUUACUACCAAUUCAUACAUUAUAUAGUAUUUAUUUAGGAGCCAUAUCACUCCAUCAAACAUUAUUACUCUGUGAUUAUAUUUUGUAUUGUAAUUAGAAAACUAAAUCCCAUACUAAUACAUGGAAAUCAAAUAUUUAGGUGCCUAUUAUUUUAACUUUGAGCUUAAUAUAUUGUUAGUUCAUUUAAUCCUAAAAUUUAUGAAUUUUAUAAUAUUCAUUAAUGCAUGUUCUAGUCUUGGAUUAGUGUUUAUAUUUUAUGAUACAAAUAAAACAUAAAAACCUUA